AUGGCAUUUACUGCAGGGGACGCGCCCGACUCUGUCCGCGACCAGAUGAUGCGCCAAGACCCUCGGUUCAUGACCUUCCAAAGCGCCUACCUGAACGAGAACGCCAACUUCGACCUCCAGAACGCCUUCCUGGAAGAGGAGAAGGAGAGCCAGCUGUUCUGCGCCCACGUCAGCCUUACGCGUGAUCCCCGAGCCACGGCGGACAUGGUGCCCGAUGAAGUCUGGGCAAACUUGGCGCCCGACCCGGAGAUCGUCGAGCUUGAGGGGCAGCGUGCACAGCUCAAGCAGGGCAAGUACCGCAUCGACGGCCAUGAGCAUGAGAAACGAAUCCGGAAGCUCACCGAUGAGAUUCGCGACUACUUCUACCACCGCCCUGCUUGGGAUAUUGAACGGCAGGCACGAGGGGAGGACGAGGAGGAGUACGAGGAGCCUGUUAUCGAUGUCACUGUGCCGGAACGCGAAAGGUUGGCAGAGAUCCUCUGUAACCAGCCCGACGACUUGACGGAAGACCAGACCACCCAACGAAGGAUCGAGUCGAUCGAUCUCAUGGUGGCUCUCUGUGGCAAAAGAGAGACGGUCAGGCGCCCCCAUGCCCGACAGAGCGCCAAAGCCUGCCUGUCUAUAAAGACUGAGCCUCUCGAAAUAGAACACGAAACGUUGCCCCGCCCUGAUCUAUUCCCUCUGCUCCUGCAUGCUGCGCAAUGCCCCGAUUGUAUUAGUGAUGAGCGACUCUCUCGCGAAGAGCGUACCUUUACAUACUGCCGCCCGACUGUCAUAAACGACCAUUUCGAUAACCAGCAUUUAGCCAGACGCGAGCAAGACGAGCGGAGCGGUGAGAAGAUACGCUGCGAGCACCCCAAGUGUCGAGACGCCAAAUUUCAACACGUCAACCACUUCCGGCGUCAUGUUCAGGAAGUUCAUGGUGUUACGCUGCGGACGUCAGCGCAAGUGCAACAGAGGCGGCAGCGAAAGGAAAGGCGUCGCCAAAUAGUGAGGAAAUAG